AUGACUACGACUAUGGAGCCUGAUAUGGCGAUGUUGAAACGGAGUUUAACCUGUGAGAUAUGUGCAGAGUUGUUUGCUUCACCGUUUAUGCUUUUUUGUGGACAUGUUUUUUGUUAUGGUUGUAUUCUUGAUUGGCUGCUUCAUAAACGUACAUGUCCUACUUGUAGGCAGUCUAUCUGUCAGCGUCCAGCUCUUGCCUAUUUUGUUCAAGAGAUGGUAGAAGUAUUUGUUCGUCGAAUGGAGGCUCAGGAUCCUGAUGGAGAGGGGUAUGCUGCAAGAAUACACCAGCAAGAACAGCGUCAGAGAAUGGAAAAUAACAAAGAAAGUCUUUUUUAUGAUCUUUUUUCAGAAACAUCUGGGUUUGCAGGUGUUUUACGUGAUCGUGAAGAUGGUGUUAUGCGGUGCAUACAAUGUUAUUGGGAGAUAGAAGGACCUGCAUGUACACAUUGUGGGUUUCAGUUUUCAGAUGAAAAUUUUGGUUCUCUUGAUGAUUUUUCGGAUAGACAUGCGGUUUUAGAGUCUCACGGCCAUCCUGAUUCUUUAGAUCAUGAUAGUAUUUCUUCUGAACAAGAUGAUUAUGAUUAUGAUGAUCCUUUUAUUGACGAUAGGCCAACUGACGAGAUUGAGCGUUAUAUGUCCGCUAGUGGGAAUAGUUGUUCAAAAAAUGCAUCACAACAGACUUUUUCAGCAUCUUAUUCUGAUAUACUAGGCGAUGAUGAAUUUGAUGGGACGGAUCAAGAUUCUUUUGUUCAGGAACAAAAACAACGUUUAAAAAGAAAUAGAAGGCGUCUAAACAGUACUGCAUUGCGUAUGCAGCGGUUUAAAGAUUUGCCUAUUUCGAUUCAAUCUGAUGAAAGUAUAAAUACUCAAGGAAAUAUUUCAACUUUAUUUGACUCUGGGCCGGUUCUAAUUUCUUCAUCUUCUGUAGAAAAAGAUAGUAAACGACAUGUUAUACAUCUUCUUUCAAAUUCUUCUCGAAAAUUUCAGGGAUCAGGUCCAGUAAAUUCAGAUGAUAAUGUAAGUUCGGAUUUAAGUGAUAAUCAUGUGAUAAUGCCCCUACAAAUUGAUCAGCCAGUUAAGAAAUCAUCUAAUAAGUUGAGGAAACAUCGUAGAAUGAUUAAUAUCCCAUCGAGUAAUGGUAAUUCGGAUCACAGUGAGUAA